GAAAACCCCCCCCUGAAACUCCUAUCAACUGAUUCACUACGGACUUCGCAGGCGCAGUAAUCCGGGGUCACGUGCUCCACUCCGCUAGCCUCAGAAAAAAAGCACCCGGCGAGGCCUUACCACCUACGGAGUCCCUAUACCUCCCUCUCAUCAAUUGCCCUUCCCCCCAACCCCUCUGCGACCAUGCAGAAGGUAAUCCGGCGUACUAUUCUGGCAGAGAAGCAGGCUGCCCGACGCCUCGCGAAACGAAAGGACAAGGCAACGAGAGAAUGGGCCAAGAUCACCCGGGAAGAAACAAACUUUGUCCGCAAGGAUGAGAGCUCACAGAUCAAGGCCGCCAGGCUAGCUCAGAGGGAGGAUUGGGAAUUGGGUCCGCUGGCGCCAAAGAGAGAUGUCGGAGAUGCUAAGGAUACGUACGGAACCAUCAUCUCGCAGCGGACGAGAGGACAACCGCUGGAUAUUAGGAAGAGGGAUGAGGUUUUGAAGGAUGUCGGCGGACGGUACCUGAACAUCGUUGCCGGUGAUAGAGUGGUCUUGCUGGAAGGAAGGGAUAAAGGAAAGAUCGGGAAGAUUACCUCGACGGAUGCAAGGAGGGGAACUUGCACUGUUGAAGGGCUGAACAUGGUCGAUGUGGCAGUCCCUCAAUGGAUGAUCACCGCCGAAGAAGCAGACAAACGCCCUGUCCGCUCCAUCGAGCAACCUGUCCCCUUGACCUCCGUCCGCCUCGUCUAUCCGCUCACCGAUGCCGAAACUGGCGAGACCCGAGACGUAAUCAUCAAGAAGCUCGUCAACACCUCUUUCUACCACGAUCGGGAGACAAAAGCUACAUACUGGAAACGUGUAAUCCCCGGACUGAACAUCUCAAUUCCCUGGCCGAAACAGACUCCCAAAGAACACAAAGACUACGACUGUGAUACGCUGCGGUUGGAUGUCGAAGUCCGCAGCUUUGUGCCGACAUUGUUGAGACCCCCGAUGCCGUCGACUGUUAUUGACGAGUUGAGGAACAAAUACUCGAAAUUCAGAACUAGACAUGACCCAGAGUACAUAGAGGCGAAGAUGCAGGAGGAUCGUGAGAAGGAAGAAAAGAAGAAACAAGAAAAACUGAUGAGAACACCUCUGCAGGACUUGAAUAGAAAGGAAAGACGGAAGAAGAAGGCGAAGGGCAAAGGCAAGUUGACACCACAGAUGUUGGAGAGAAUCGGGCGGGUUAUCGCCCAGAAGAAGCAACUGGCUCUCGACGCAGCUGGAGUGUCACAGGAGGGUGCCGCUGUCGCCGCUGUAGCAUGAUGUGUAUAAUAUCUGGAUUGGGCAUGUACUGCAUAUGGGCAUUGAAGGCGUUGCAAGAUGCGUACGAUACGCGCACCAGACUAUCUCUUCUUGAUUCGAGAUCUGUAUUGUAUAAACUAUUCCUAUGUGCCUAGCAAAGUGAGCUUCUCAAAUGCUGCGACGUGAGGUGGCUCUUUGCGUUUGCUCGCAGCCUCGAUGCUUUCCUGGAGAACGGCAUCUCCCCCAACAGGUCGGUAUGCGUUCUCCUCGCCCGAUACCUCAGCCUGCGGAGGCUCAUUCGUGCCAAAGACCUCAGGGAUGCAGGCCUGGCACAUAGAUACCACCUCGGCCAAACCCCCUUCAACAGCCCUAGCACGUUCCCACAUUCCUCUCCUCACCAAACCAGUCACCAAUCUGCCCACUUCUCCUCUCACACUCUCCACCCUCUCAAUCAAUCUCCCCACACUAGCAACCAGAUACUCCUCCUCA